CGCCCUUUAACUUCAAGGUUUGAACACUGAACCUAAGGCCCUGUUUGCCCAAUCAGAGAACCCACUGCACCCCACUUGCUCCUAGACUAGGUACUAGGUACUAUGUACUACUACUAGAUAGUACCUAGUAGUAUGUAAUAUGACUGUACCUAGGGCAAUCAAAUUCGACGUCACUUCAUGUACGGCAGCUGCCGCAGCUUCCAACUUCACCCAAAAGCUCUUAAUCCUAUAUAUCCAACAACAUUAUUUGCCAACAUACAUUUUACUUCUUCCUUCCUCAACUCCUGUAAACUCAUAUAACAGUUAUCAGAAGGUUUGAAAAAGGUCAUCACAAUGUUCCGUUUUCAUAGACCUCUAGACAUUGUCACCGUCUUCCACAAGACAGGCUCUGCUGCUUCUAUGAGAGCUGCGGCUGUCAUGAACAGCUUGUCUGCCAAAGCUGGCGCUACAUCGGUUGAAGAUAAGCCCAGUGACUCUCAGACUGCACUUCCAGAGUUCGAAUUAAACAUCACUGAGGAUCCCCCCACUCAAGAUCAACUCAAGACUAUCCUAGAAUACGUCGGAGCCAACAAGAUUGGUUCCAUCAUCAAUGGCGCGUCGACAGAGAAAGAGGCUCUAAAGAAGUUUAGGGAGAAUAGUGAAACCUUCCAACGGCCAGUGAUUGUCGAUUGGAAUAAUGGCAAGGCAGUCGCUAGCGAUAACGAGUCAGAGAUUCUUAAGAUGUUACAACAGCAGGCCAGCAGCAAGGAGUAGAUGUUCCCUGUUGUCUGUGCGAACAGUGGGCAUCGCUUUGGUAUCAACGACCCAAUGAUAUAGGGGUUCUAUGUAACGUACCCAUGGGUGGUGAAGAAGUUAUCCCGCUUCACCUGGAUCAUGAAAACACAUUUUUCAAGUAACUGCUAUAUGGGACUGAUACAUCUUACCACACCACUCUGUAUACAACUUACUCCUCUCUUUGUAGCAUAGGUGCCCACAUGGCAGUUCCAAAUGGGAUUUUAUAUAAGUUACUAUUGAUUCAAUAAGUUCAUAAGAUA